AUGCACAUCUCUGCUAUGUUCCCCGAGGCUGGGCAGCCUCGACAGCCCCAAUUCUCCUUCGAAUUCUUCCCACCGAAGACUGCGCAGGGCGUUCAGAACUUGUACGACCGGAUGGACCGCAUGCACGGGCUCGGUCCCAGCUUCGUCGAUAUUACAUGGGGAGCAGGAGGACGUCUUGCCUCGCUGACCUGCGAGAUGGUGAACGUGGCUCAAUCGCAGUAUGGAUUGGAGACUUGUAUGCACCUUACCUGCACUGAUAUGGGCGAGGACAAAGUUGAUGAGGCCCUUAAAAACGCCUACAAGGCCGGCUGCACGAAUAUCCUCGCCCUCCGCGGUGAUCCCCCGCGAGAGGAGGAGAAAUGGGUGGCGACGGAAGGUGGAUUCCAAUAUGCGAAGGAUCUGGUCAAGCACAUUCGAGACGUGUAUGGUGACCAUUUUGAUAUCGGCGUUGCCGGGUACCCAGAGGGCUGCGAUGACCAGGACGAUCCAGAGCUCUUGCUAGAGCACUUAAAGGAGAAGGUUGAUGCCGGCGCAACUUUCAUCAUAACACAGAUGUUCUACGAUGUGGAUAACUUCCUUGCGUGGGUCUUAAAAGUCCGGGCCAAAGGCAUCACCGUUCCCAUUCUUCCAGGCAUUAUGCCCAUCAAUACCUAUGCGAGCUUUGUCCGCAGAUGCAACCACAUGAAUGCUACCAUUCCCCCAAAAUGGAGCCAAGCUUUGGAGGAAGUGAAGAACGAUGAUGCAGCUGUUCGAAACAUCGGAACAGGGUUGGUAGCUGAAAUGUGUCGGAAAAUCCUUGAUUCAGGCCUGAUUCAUCACCUCCACUUCUAUACCAUGAACCUCGCUCAGGCCACCCGUAUGGUCCUCGACGAGCUGGAUCUGGCGCCAUCUGAGGAGCGUCCUCUUAAACCAGCCUUGCCUUGGAGAAAGUCCCUUGCCCUGGGCCGCAGGGACGAGGACGUCCGACCUAUCUUCUGGAAGCAUCGAAAUAAAUCCUACGUGGCACGGACGCAAGACUGGGAUGAAUUUCCCAACGGUAGAUGGGGUGAUUCCAGAUCGCCUGCUUUCGGUGAGCUUGACGCAUACGGUAUCGGCCUGAAGGGCACCAACGAGCAGAAUCGCAAGCGCUGGGGCGAACCAGCUUCAAUCGAAGAUAUUGCCGACAUAUUUGUGAAAUAUCUUGAGAAUGGCGUCGACAGUCUUCCCUGGAGUGAGGCAUCUAUUACAAGUGAAGCAGAUGUCAUCAAAGAUGACUUGAUUGCACUAAACAGGCGAGGACUUCUCACCAUCAAUUCCCAGCCAGCUAUUGAUGGUGUUAAAUCUUCUCAUCCGGUGUAUGGAUGGGGGCCCAAAAAUGGUUACGUGUAUCAGAAGGCCUAUUUGGAACUUUUGAUAUCCCCGAAGCUUAUCGAUGAAUUGCUUAGAAGAAUUGAGCAAGACCCUGACCUGACAUACUACGCCGUCAACAAGGCUGGUGUUCUGAAGACCAACACUCCUGGCGAAGGCCCUAACGCUGUGACUUGGGGGGUCUUCCCGGGCAAGGAGAUUGUCCAACCAACCAUUGUGGAGACCGUUAGUUUCCUGGCGUGGAAGGAUGAGGCUUUCCGUCUGGGAUUAGACUGGGCCCACUGCUACUCUGCACUGAGCCCUAGUCGCCAGCUCAUCGGAAAUAUGAUGGAGACAUGGUACUUGGUCAAUAUUGUUCACAACGACUUCCAUCAUACUCAUGGCAUAUUCCCACUAUUCGACGGACUCUCGGUAGAAGACCUUGAGAAGCCAUUCGAGGUUGCGGGUACCAACGGCGUAGAGCCUAGUGGCGUUAACAAUGCAGUGCCCAACGGCGUAGGGGACACGCCUUUGACCAACGGCAAUACUGGAAAUGCUUAG